AUGCCAGUAGAGCGCACUCCACCCCGUGAACGGAGUAUACCGCUAUCUACCGCGCAAACAACAAAUUCAAGUCAGUGCUCAACUUACUCUGAUAAAACAGAAAUAGAAAUAAGAGAAACUAUGGCUAAAAUAAGAGAAUCAACAAUUCCGCUAUCGUGGAGUGAUCAAUGUAAAACACCAAUAGCGUUAACGGCUAAUCACCAUCACGUGGAGAAUCCGGUAACAAAGACUACCUUGGCGCCCUACAACUAUCCGCAAGAGACAGCAGUAACAUCAUGCACGACAGCAACAGGUACUCACUACUCCAUUAUAACUACAACAGCAACAGCUCUAAGCUCAACAACAACAACAACUUCAUCCACUUCUGCUAAACCAACCCACGCACCUUCAACUCCCAUUCAAACCGCAACACGCAGUGCUGAAUGUAGCGCACCAACUACACUGAUCGCAUCGUCAUCAACAGCAACGCACAAUACAAGAAUGCAAAUGCAAAAUGAAAAAAAAGACUUUGUGCAAUCACAGUUAAAAAGAAACCGAGAUAAACAAUCACCAAACAAACUUGAACUCUCAAACAAUAACAAAAAACAAAAGAACAAAAUGCAAACCUCUACACAAACAACUCUACAAGAGUAUUGGUUAGGCAACCCAGCCUCAUCAAAUAGGUUCGAUAUCUUGGAUGUAUAUUAG